GGUCGUCCUCUGCCUCACAACGUCGGCCAAGGUGUUAUAAUAAGUAACCUGUCACUGGUGCUGCAGGGCGUCAGUCGCACGACAGCCGGAAACUACACUUGCGUCGGAUUCAACGCCGAAGGGGACGCGCCCAGCAAACCGUUCCAGCUGAACGUUCUAUUCGCGCCAACCUGCAGACCAAACCAGCCACGUGUUCAUGGAGUAGCAAAGCAGGAGCGCGCACGUGUCAGAUGUUCUGUGGAAGCAAAUCCACCACAAGUAACUUUUCGAUGGACAUUCAAUAAUUCGGCUGAAAGCAUUGAAGUUGCAGCUGCUCACGUGGCCAGGGCCAGAAGUGAAGACACCAGUGUGGUGACCUACACUCCAGUAACCGAACUAGAUUAUGGUACACUACUCUGUUGGGCUACAAAUAGCAUUGGCAGCCAAAGAGUUCCCUGUGUUUAUCACAUCAUUGCAGCUGGUCGUCCUGAUCAAGUCCACAAUUGUACUGUAACAAACGUGUCUUUGACAUCUCUAACUGUUCGUUGUUCUGCUGGAUUUGAUGGAGGUCUUCCUCAGUCUUUUCUAUUAGAAGCAAGAGAUUCGGGAACUUUAACGACAAGGGCAAAUCUCACUUCUCCAGUGCCCAGAUUCGCAGUUGCUGGUCUAAAUCCUGGUGGAAGGUAUUUAAUUGGAGUAUAUGCUUUCAACGCCAAAGGUCGCGGAGAACCUGUAGUAUUACAAGCUGCAACCCUCAGACUGCCAGAGAAGCAAUUGACUUCAGAAAAAGAACCGCGUAGAAAUAUAUUCUUCCGGAUGACUCCAGCUUUAUCGUUAACAAUUGGAGCUAUUCUUGCAAUAAUAACAGUAGCUCUUUUAGUAGCAGCUAUGCUGAGACUUCAAAGGCGUUGUCGUGGUGGUGUUACUGGAGGUAUUGACGGAGCAGCCCCAAAACAUGGUGAGCCAGCAUCUCCUGGGCCAAGUGACAAAAGUGACACCAUGACUAGUGGUGGUGGUGUUCAUGCCGCCCUUUUAAUGACCGCCACUGGAGGCAAAGAUGCGAAUGGUGGUGGAGCAGGCGUUGCUUGUCCAGAUGACGGUUUGGCGGGCGGUGGUGACGAACGGGGUCCUGAUGUUGUGGCGGAUGCUGAAGCCGACGAGCAGGCAGAGUUUCUGCGUCGCCAACCCACUGUUGCAACGAUAGCUGCUCCAAGAGGCGGCUCGCCAGUUAUUAGUCAAUGUUGUAGAAUCGGAGGCAUGAAUAUGAAUAUUCCUCCGAGUCCUUUGCAAAGGAUACCGCCAGGAGAACAGCAUAUGAUUCUUAAUAAUCAAACGUUGUACCCAGCGCGCGCCAUCCCCCGGCACAUGUGGCCGAGCUACGGCGGCGGCGUAGCGGGUGUGACCAACAUGUACCACGGACCGCCGCCUUCCCAUGUGAAUGCGGUCACCAGUAUACCAAUGCGACCUCUGCCUAGAAAUUCAAUUUCGAGGCCAAUGACGAGCCUGACGGAAGAAGACAAUUCGUCCGAUCUGUCUAACAUAGUCAAAAGAGAAUCAACGGUCUGACUGUAGGUUUCCGGCUAACGGCC